GGUGUGACGUAUAGAGGCGAACAUGGCGUCUGCAGCGCGCGGUCUCGCUGGGCUGCGUGUCCGUGCAAGUGUCGUCGUGUCCGCGAGCUCGAAUACAGUACUAGCACCGUGUCGGCGCGCGGUGUGCACGCGGUCGGGCGCCGUUCUGCCCAAGCCGAAAAAGACGUCGUUCGGGUUGGUACGCAUCGCCAUGGUGGUGGUACCUUUCCUCUAUGUGGGGACUCUCAUCAGCAAAAACUUUGCAGCUCUUCUGGAGGAGCAUGACAUCUUCGUCCCUGAGGAUGAUGAUGAUGAUGACUGAACAGAAUCUCUGAGCUGAUGGUACUGGAGGAGGAGUAUGCUGCUGUGUCCAGUCAUUCUGAAGUGCUGCUGCAAAGUAUGUGUUUGAGAGAGAGAUUUAGAGCUAUGUGACAGGCUUGGACCAGCUUGUCUACUGUUUGCACUGGUGGUCUGUGUGAUACCCAAUAAACUCAACAAUCGACAAAACAGA